AUGGAUCAACCGCUCUCUUUAAAGUUGGCUUCUUUGUGUCAAAUAUCCCAGCAUAAAUUGGAACACAUCCUGUCUCAAUGCGGGGAUAAAGCCGACUUAAUCAUUGACGCUGCCCUUAUAAAGCCACUGGAGAGAAUAUGUGGAGUGACUUGGCUCAGGCAACAUGGAAUAGAUAAAAUAUAUAAAAUGGACCCACAACUUGGUUCCACAUCAAAUACUAGAAGGAUAUACUUUAUACCAGCUUGUAUCAAGAAAUACAAAUGUGUCUUGGACCAGAUAUCAUCACUUCUCAGUCAAAACCCAGCUCUCGCCGAUGCAAAGUGUUUUAAUAUUAUUAUAGUGCCUAAAUUAGUAUGUACUUUCGAUUCAAUAUUAGAGAAUAAAGGUUUAUACGAAAUAGUCAAGCUACAUUCAUUCUCGUGGGAACUGAUGAGGCUGGACGACCAGCUCUUGAGCCUAGAGGUGCCUUUCCUUUAUAAACAAUUGUAUGUGGAACAAAAUCAAUCAUUAUUGUCGAGCAUCGCUAUGUCUAUGUGGAGCUUAUUUCAUGUUAUCGGCAAACCUAAAUGUGUAAUGUCUUUGGGAAAGAUGUCAGCGAGUGUUUUAGACAUACUUGAAGUAUAUAACGAGACCUUCACAAGAGACUUUGUUAGUAACAAUGCUGAUGAUAUCGGAGCAGUUCUCGUUAUAGACAGAGAUCAGGAUUAUUCUUCUAGUUUACUAACACCGGCUACUUAUAGUGGACUUCUAAGUGAAAUUUUCAAUAUAAACUGUGGUCAUCUAGAACUUAAUGUGACGGAAACAAAGUUGAAGAAGGGCAAGCUUAAUUUUACCACAUCUAAAGAUGAAACAGCCAAAACUACGGUCAUGACUUUAGAUAGCUCUAUUGAUCAUUUGUAUGGCGAAAUAAAGCAUAGACAUUUCUCUGAAGUUUUAAGUGUGUUGAGCUCAAAGGCAAAGCUUCUCAAAAAUGAAGAUAUUAAGGCUCUCGGAAUACAAGAAAUGAAACAGUAUGUUGCGACGAAAUUGCAACAAGUUACACUGUUCAAGCAGAAUCUCGUCAAUCACGUAUUGGCGAGCGAGACUAUAAUAUCAGAAAUGAAUAAUAAAUUUGAAAACUUAACAUUAACGGAGAGUGAAAUGCUGAAUAAUAGAAACAAACGGGCCAAUUUUACUUACAUCGAUGAACACUUUGGCACAGAUGUCCACAUGUAUAACAGUUUACGACUAAUGUGCUUGUUAAGUUUAACCCAAGGUUUGAGUUACGAGGAAUACAAUUCACUCGUACAUAAAUACUUAUUAGCAUUUGGCUACAAGUUUCUAUAUGUUUUCAACAAUUUGAUAACAUCCGGUUUACUCAUUCAACCAUCCAGCCCAAAAUUAUCUUUGUCCAAUCUCAGUAACUUAAGCGAUAGAUUGCCCAAAUGGCAGACUGAGUUUCAAACGGUGGCCAACAAAUUGAAACAAUUACCGACCAAAUCUGAUAAUGGGAAAUCUCCAAGUUAUGUGUUCAACGGCGGAUAUAUACCUCUUGUGGCUGUUAUAUGUAAUGCGUUAUUAACAUCUGAAUCUUUAGCUGAACUGCUAACAAAAUUAUUAGCGCUUGAUGAUCUUAAAAUUGGUGGUAGUUUAGUAGAUAAGGUGAAACGAGGUACAGAGAGUUUAAACGAAAAAAUAACGAAUUUAAACGUGAAAUGCGAUUCGGAAUAUGGCUGUAGAGAUGCUAAGACGCUGUUAAAGACUUUGAAAGGUGAUAGCAAAACUAUGUUUAGUUUGAAGCCUAGGACAGUCUUGGUUUAUAUGAUCGGGGGUGUGACGUAUGCGGAAGUCGCCGCAUGUGACGUCAUACAGUCUCUAACCGGAAGUAAGAUCAUUAUAGCCAGCGACUGUAUAGCAAGCGGUAGCGACCUAAUCGCUGCCAAUAUGUAA